AUGAGCAACAUCUGUUUGUUGAGUAUCGGUGAAACAAUGGAAGAAGAUUGGAAGACGAGUCUCAGCAACGACGAUACCACGUACAGCAAGUCAUCCAAGGUAAACGUAAGUUCCGCGGAAGGGAGGCAAGCUCUUGAGCAUUUUGAAGCUACGGUGAGCCGACAGGAGGAUGGUCGAUUUGUGUUACAGUUGCCUAUUAAGCCUUGCAUAGCUGAGUUAGGCCAUAGCAUCAAUGUGGCUUCAUCUAGGUUUCUGGCCGUUGAGAGAAAAUUACAGCAGGAUGCAACCUUAAGAGAGGAAUACAAGAAGUUCAUGGAUGAAUACUUACAGAUGGGUCACAUGAGAGAGGUUCAGCAGGAAAUAAUUAUACCUAAGCGUUCAUGCUAUUUACCACAUCACGCAGUGUUCAAGAAGUCAAGUUUAACGACAAAGGUUUGCAUCGUCUUUGACGCAUCAGCAAAGACCUCGUCAGGUCUCUCACUUAAUGAAGUAUUGAUGCGUGGACCAAAAAACCAGGAGGAUAUAGUUUCAAUUUUAACAAGGUUUCGGAAGCAUCAGUACGUGAUUACGUCAAAUAUUGAGAAGAUGUUCCGGCAAGUGGCAAUGGCUGAGCAGGAUUGGGAUUUGCAGUGA